AUGACCCUAGCAUCCCGCGCUCUCUCUUCCAAAGAUCUUCCCCCCUCUGUCGAAAGCGCCUACUACCGCAAAUGCAUCGACCUGCGCCGGCGAAUCACCGACAUUGAAGACUCAAACGACGGCACGCGCCUGCGCAUCACGCGCCUAUCCCGCGGCAUCCAAAAGAUGCGACUGGAACGCGCCUUCCUGCUGGAGCAACUAAACAAACACAUGGAAUACAACGUCGACGACAGCGACCGCAGUUCCAGUCCACCGCCCACGCCUACGGACAAGCCGCUGCGCAGCAAGCGGAGCCACAAUCGCAAGGGCACCCCGACACUAGGUGGCAGCGGUAGCGCAGGCGGUGCGGAGGCGGAGAGAGAGAGGCUGGGUGUCGGACAGGGUGCGCUCGAGGGACGGAUGAUUCAGCAUGGAGUGCAUACUAUGAGUAGUGCACAGAGUACACCGGAUCCGGCUGGCAGGCAAGAGAGGAGCUACUUUGGUACUAUUGGUGCUGGUUCGGCUCCCGUCGUGCAAGCGACCAGUCCUCAUGCUGCUGUCAAUGGUGUGCCACCGCCGCCUACGCUACCUCCACUGCAUUCGUUGCCCCCGCUGCAGUCGCAACAACCUGCGACCUCGACGACGACAGCGACGACGCGAGCCUACUUUGACCCGGCCUACGAUGAGCAGCGUCCUGCGCCUGCUAGUGUCGAGGAAGAUGGCGCCCGGAGACGUGCAUAUUCUGGGGCUGCACAGCUGCCUCCAGCCACGGACUCUGCACCUCCUCCUCAAAACGGCGAUACCGAGAUGGCGGAUGCAAGCUUUACUUCUGUGAACCGGGCUUGA